CCGGUGUUGUAUCAGCUAUCUUGAGUAUGCCGCUGGGCUAAUGUGAGGGGGCUCAUGGUUUUGUUAAUUGACCAGCAACUAAGGAUGCCUAAUAAAACCACAACAUUUCGCUCGAACAAAGCCAUAUGAUGCCUUGUAGACUAGCUUUCAUCCAUAUGUUUUGGAUCUCGUUUCGAUAACGUUAAAAGGAGAGGGACGUUGCUGUGCUUCAAACAGCUGGUUGAGAGAAGCUGUCACUGAAAGGAGGAAAUAACACGAUAAACAUAAGUUGGAGAAACUGAAGGAUCAUCUGGACUGUAGAUCGGACAAGACUGGAAAGUCGUCGUUCAACAGAAAGGACAGAAACCCACCUCUGUUUUCGGUUUUGGAUACAAAAUGGGCAAGCUAGCUCGGUAGCUAAAGGUUAAUGGCCAAACAGUGUUAGCCUGGAACUAGCUCGCUACCUGUCUUAUGUGUUUGUGAUGUAUAUGGCUAACUGGCUUAUAGUUGUCAUUAGCUAAUGCCAGGAAUGUUGUGGGAAAACCUUUGCUGUUUACGUAAUUAGAUUAUUAGAUUACAAGAUUUUGUUCGGCUAUCCUAACUUGUUCGUGCCAUUGUCACAUUGCGUGUUUUUUGUAUUGAGACAAACGUCAGGUAACGUCUUUUUGCUGAACUGGACACGUAAGUCAUAACGAACAAUAGCGGCAUUUUACGAUACUGAAUUACCAACUUUUUUGUGAAAGCAGUGUUUUCAUCUUAAUUCAACACCUCUUACCUUAUCAGACAAGGUGAUUUUGGUAGCACGUAACCUGUGUCUGCCAACGUGUCAUGUUUACAAAAGAUAUGCUGCUGCAUCUGGCAAUCUGUCAGUGACUGGGUGUGACAAGGAAACCUGUGAGGUAAUUUAUUUCUUUGAGAGUUUCAGACACUUGGGCUGACAAGGCACUUGCCUAUUGUGUUUACCUCCAAGCUGAUCGGUCAGUUUCUAGAUUCGUAGAGGGACAAAACACGUUGUCUGUCACAGUUUUACACAUUGGGUACACUCAGAAUGCCCAAGAAAUUGCUGAGAGUCUAGUUCUGUCGUUGGAUCUGGGAAUUUUGGUUUCUGAACGAUGGACCACAUAUGGAGGAUGGUGAUGCAAUGGAGGCAUAUAUGCUGAAAUUGCUGAAUACUCUUAGUGUAGCUUUGCCUCAGUGAGAGUUGGUGCAUUCACUAGCAGAAUGGAAGGCUGCAGUCUGCCUUGAUACGUUUGGUUACUGUAACCAUGUGGACUCUGGGGCAAUCCUGCUCUGCAUCCAUGAAGAUUUCAUGGCUGCCACUGCUGCUACUGGCCUUCCUAAGGCCAGUCCACUGCAUGUCUCGGGAUGAGAGACAUAAAUUAAGGGAUCAGGUGGUUGAGAUGUUUGACCACGCUUAUAGCAGUUACAUGGACCAUGCGUACCCAGCUGAUGAGCUGAUGCCGCUGACGUGCAGGGGGAGGGUGCGUGGGCUGGAGCCCAGCAGAGGAGAUGUGGACGACGCGCUGGGGAAAUUCUCCCUCACGCUCAUUGACACACUGGAUACUCUGGUGCUUUUGAACAAAACUGAGGAAUUUGAAGCAGCUGUGAGAAGAGUCCUGUCUGAUGUGCGGCUGGACAAUGACAUUGUGGUGUCUGUCUUUGAGACCAACAUCCGGGUGCUGGGGGGACUGUUAGGGGGCCACUCCAUGGCUGUGAUGCUGAGGGAAGGGGGUCGUCACAUGCUGUGGUACCGCGAUGAGCUCCUCCACAUGGCCAAGGACCUGGGGCUCAGGCUCCUGCCUGCCUUCAACACCAGCAGUGGGCUGCCUUACCCAAGGGUGAACCUGAAGCAUGGCGUUCGCGGCCCGGAGACUCGCACCGGGACGGAAACAGACACAUGCACGGCGUGCGCCGGGACCAUCAUCUUGGAGUUCGCCGCCCUCAGCCGAUUCACCGGGGACCCCAUAUUUGAGAAUCAUGCCAGAAGGGCUCUGGACUUCCUGUGGGAGAAGAGGCAGAGGAACAGCAACUUGGUGGGGACCACCAUCAACAUCCACUCAGGGGAGUGGGUGCGGCGAGAUAGUGGCGUAGGAGCGGGCAUUGACUCAUACUAUGAGUACCUGCUGAAGGCCUACAUUCUCCUGGGAGAUGACCUCUUUCUGCAGCGCUUUAACAUACACUAUGCCUCCAUAAUGAAGUACAUCAGCCAGCCACCCCUCCUCCUGGACGUGCACAUCCAUAAGCCUCUGCUCCCAGCACGCACCUGGAUGGACUCCCUGCUCGCCUUCUUUCCCGGUCUGCAGGUGUUGAAGGGAGACAUCCGGCCUGCCAUCGAGACGCACGAGAUGCUUUAUCAGGUUACAAAGAAGCACAAUUUUCUGCCAGAGGCCUUCACCACAGACUUCAGGGUACAUUGGGCCCAGCAUCCCUUGCGGCCAGAGUUUGCAGAGAGCACCUACUUCCUCUUUAAGGCCACGGGAGACCCGUACUAUCUGGAGGUGGGCCGCACGGUUCUGGAGAACCUGAACCGCUUCGCCCGCGUCCCCUGUGGCUUCGCCGCCAUGAAGGACGUCCGCACCGGCAGCCACGAGGACCGUAUGGACUCCUUCUUCCUGGCUGAGAUGUUCAAAUACCUCUUCCUGUUGUUUGCUGAGUCGGACGACCUGCCCUUUGACGUGGAGGACUACAUCUUCACCACAGAAGCUCACCUGCUGCCGCUGUCGCUGUCCACCGCGCCGCGCUCACAGUCGCCCUCUGCUGCCAAUUCCACGGGCGUUGAGGAGUUGGAUGACUCAAAUUUUGACUGGACCUGUCCCAAUACCCGUCUCCUCUUCCCCGAUCCUGCCUUUCCACGGAAUCUCAGGGACCCAAUCAAGAUCGCCGUGGACAGGAGUUGUCCACGCCCAAGCCCACUCCGGGAGCCUGGCAUGGGCCGUCUGCCCCUGAGGGCUCAGGACUUCAUGGCCAACAACCCGGAGCACCUGGAGCUGCUGCGCCGCAUGGGCGUCAGCCUCAUCCACCUGAAGGACGGGCGCGUGCAGCUGGUGCAGCACGCCUCUCAGGCAGUGAGUGCGAUAGCGGCAGAGGACGGCAUGCGCUUCAUGCAGGAGAUGAUGGAGCUCUCAAGCCAGCAGCAGAAGGAGCAGCUCCCCCCUCGCGCUGUGCAGAUCGUCUCACACCCCUUCUUUGGCAGAGUGGUACUGACCGCCGGCCCGGCACAGUUUGGCAUAGACCUUUCCAAGAGCAGCACGGGGGUGCGAGGCUUCGUGUCGGUGGCCGAGCCGUACAGCGGCUGCGCGGAGGUGACCAACGCCGAGCUGGUUCAGGGCCGCAUCGCCCUGCUGCAGCGGGGCCAGUGCAUGUUCGCCGAGAAGGCCCGGCACAUCCAGAAGGCCGGGGCCAUCGGGGGCAUCGUGAUCGAUGACAACGACGGCAGCAGCAGCGACACGGCUCCCCUCUUCCAGAUGGCGGGAGACGGCCGCAGCACGGACGACGUAACGCUGCCCCUCCUCUUCCUGUUCCACAAGGAGGGCAACAUCCUGCUGGAGGCCCUGAAGGAGUACCGCGAGGUGGAGGUGCUGCUCAGCGAUAAGGCCCGCGACCGAGGUGGUGCUGUGGAGGAGGAAGACUGCUCCACUGAGGAGAAGGACCGUGACGUACCCGGAUUGGCCUCUUCCUCUCUCCCCCUCGCCUCCUCCUCCUCCUCGUCUUCUUCCUCUUCUUCUUCCACCUCCUCUUCUUCCUCCUCUCCGCCUCCAGACCAAUCCCAGCCCAGCGUGCAGGAGCCUGACCAACCUCAAACAAAAGAGGAGGACGAGGAGAAAGACGAAGAGGCGGCGGCGGUGGUGGUGGUGGUCCCCCCAGCCAAGGUGGCCAGCGAGCCAGACGCAAAAACCGAGCCUACGGAAGAGCAGUCAUCUGACAAGGACCCCGAGAAGUUACUGGACGCCCUGUUAGCCGACUGGCAGGAGGACCUGGAGGCCUUCCGGCAGAUGGAGAAGGACGAGCUCUGACCGCUCUCCUCUCUCUCCUCUCUCUGGCUCUCUUCCUCCCCUUCAGACGUAGGCAGCUCUAUACACGGCUGCCGUUCAGAAGACUGGACAGGAGUCUUCAACACACUCCAAACCGGCAGGGAAGGGGUGUGUUUCCUUGGUGGAGUGAGACUUCCUGACUCUAGUGGUAACCCACAGCGACUGCUUCCCCUUACCCAGGCCCCCCCCUGCCCCCACCUGUCUCCAGGACCUCAGGUGUGCCCCUGGGUUUGUUCACCUGCUCGAACCUCCUCCAUCAGUGAACAGCAUAGAACAGUGAGCGCACCUGACACCCCCCCCCCCCCCCAGAGCUUUUCUCGCCUUUCUUGUCUUAACGUCUUCCUUUUGGCGUAAAACUGGAUCUCUUUGGUGACAGUCAGUCACAGUGCUGAUCAGCAAACUGAUUUAAAUGUUUUGAUUAAACCGUGAUCACCCCCCUCCCUUUUUUUCCCCCUCCCCUUUCGUCUUUUUGUAAUGCCAUUUGUACUAAUUUAAUUUGUGUAGGCUCAUUUGCUGGGGCCAUUAGUGAGCUACGAUACUGUGAGUGGGGAGGUGGCCAUGAAGUCAGAAAAUGAAAUCAACGACUAAAAUUAGGAAACCUAAUUAUCCCAUCCUCCUUAUAUGAAACGAUGAAGUGUAUAACCAUAUGUAUGGUACCAUAUAUAUGGUAUAUAAUUAUGUAUUAUAAUGUACUUUGCAGUUUUUUUUUUUUUUCUCCGAAUGCUUCUUAUUGCAGCUCUUGCGCACAUGUGAGAGCGUCUCAUCGUUGAAGAAGGCACAUGAGUCUCGGCACAGAAGGAUAUCCAGGUGGCGUGUCCACUGUCCAGUGUAGUGGUGCUUCAUGUGGGGCACGUUCAGGAUGAGACAGAUGGAAGCAUCCACAUAGAAGAGCACAGCUGUGGACAGCCUUUUUACACCAGUGCCAUCCUGAACAUGCCCCAGGCUCUCUCUCUCUCUCUCUCUCACUCUCACACACACACACACACACACUCACACACACUUCUCUCUCUGACUUCCAUAUCCAGAAAAGAACGGUGAGAUGACGAGAGAUAUGUCGCCCUCAAGCUGGAUCAAACUAGUCGAGCCGUCGGGUCUCAGGUUCUCUCAGGUUUCACUGAGACAUAACUAUGAGCGUUGUACUCGUGACUGAAGUCGCAGAAGAGACAUUUUCCACAUGGUCUGGUGUGGAAGGUCCAAUGGGAGCUGAAGAAGUUAACCUCACAUGACUGACUGUCAAGCUGAGGCCGGUGUUUCAUGUAAAGACUUUUGAAAACUGGCAGUUGAAUUGGACAUUCAGCUGAGGGGAAGGGAUUACAGAUAACAAUAAUAAAGUUUAAUAAAAACCAA